ACGCAAUAGCUGUGACUUUAACAAUUUGUAUGUAGGAAAAAAAAGGCCGACUUUCUGGGCUUCGCGAGUGAAAAAUAAUUUGCAAUAUCCUCCAAGAUUUAGUUAAUUUUUGUGUUUUAACCAUUGGAAAGUAAAGUUAAUUACUCAGUGUCUCAAUUUUAAGUGGCAAAACAAACUUCUACGGAAGAUUCCAGUAAGAAUUUGCCAUUGAACUUUGCAGCGUCAGGAGGCUCGCUGUCUGAUUAAAUUCCGCGCAAAUCCAGUGAUUUUCCAACCAGGAAAAUGUCUCAUCAUUACGUGGUGACUGCCCAGAAGCCCACGGCAGUAACGGCAUGUGUAACAGGAAAUUUCACAUCCCCAACUGAGUUGAAUUUGAUUGUGGCCAAGAAUUCCCGGUUGGAGAUCUACCUGGUGACACCAGAAGGACUCCGACCGGUGAAGGAAGUGGGUAUUUAUGGCAAGAUUGCCGUAAUGAAACUCUACCGUCCGGUCAAUGAGACAAAAGAUCUCAUCUUCAUUCUAACUUGCCGGUACGAUGCCAUGAUACUGGAAUGUCGUACUUCGGCAUCUGGGGAAUUGGAGAUUUUGACAAAGGCUCAUGGGAAUGUGGCUGAUCGGGUGGGGAAGCCCGCUGAGACGGGCAUUCUGGCAGUAAUUGAUCCUAAGGCGAGAGUCAUUGGGAUGCGUCUGUACGAGGGUUUAUUUAAGAUAAUCCCACUGGACAAAGAGACCAAUGAGCUCAAAGCUACGAGUAUUCGCUUGGAAGAUAUGCACGUGCAGGAUUUGGAAUUUUUGUAUGGCUGCACCAAUCCAACGCUCAUUGUCAUCCAUCAGGAUCUCAAUGGGCGCCACAUUAAGACCCAUGAGAUCAAUCUGCGCGACAAGGAAUUCAUGAAGGUGGCGUGGAAGCAGGAGAAUGUCGAGACGGAAGCUUCAAUGUUGAUUCCUGUGCCAACGCCCCUUGGUGGAGCGAUUGUCAUUGGCCAGGAAUCCAUUGUUUAUCACGAUGGCAACAAUUACGUGGCCGUAGCGCCCCCAAUCAUCAAGCAGAGCGUCAUCAAUUGCUACUGUCGCGUGGAUAGUAAAGGAUUGAGGUAUCUCCUGGGGAAUAUGAUGGGCAAUCUGUUUAUGCUCUUCCUGGAAACUGAGGAGAAUUCCAAGAAGAACCUCUACGUGAAGGACUUGAAAGUCGAUCUUCUGGGUGAGAUUUCCAUUCCCGAAUGCAUCACUUACCUCGACAAUGGGGUGCUCUUCAUUGGCUCUCGCCAUGGGGAUUCGCAGCUGGUUAAGCUCAAUACAGUUGCUGAUGAGAAUGGUGCCUAUGUCGUGCCCAUGGAAACCUUCACAAAUCUCGGACCCAUCACUGACAUCUGCAUAGUUGACCUGGAGCGCCAGGGACAGGGACAGAUGAUAACCUGUUCAGGCAGCUACAAGGAAGGCUCCCUGAGAAUCAUCCGGAAUGGGAUUGGUAUUCAGGAACAUGCCUGUAUUGAUCUUCCGGGUAUCAAAGGUUUAUGGCCUCUGAAAGUGGGCAUCGAUGAGAAUCCCUACGAUAAUACCCUGGUCCUGGCCUUUGUUGGUCACACCAGAGUCCUCACGCUGACCGGGGAGGAAGUUGAAGAGACAGAAAUUCAUGGUUUUCUCAGUGAUCAGCAGACUUUCUACUGCGGAAAUGUCGCCUUUGGACAGAUCAUUCAAGUGACACCAGUGACAGCUCGUCUUGUUCAGGCACACAGCCGAACACUCCUCAGUGAGUGGAAACCUCCGGGAGAUCGGAGGAUUGGUGUUGUUGCCUGUAAUUUCUGUCAGCUUGUUUGUGCUUCGGCUUGCGAUGUCUUCUACAUCGAAGUUUGCGAAGGGGCUCUGGUACAGAAAGCUCAAGUGACACUGGAUUAUGAGGUAGCUUGUCUGGACAUUUCUCCACUGGAGGAGCGUCAGACACGUGCUGAACUGGUUGCUGUGGGUUUGUGGACGGAUAUAUCGGCUUGUGUCUUUAAACUGCCGAGUCUGGAAUUGUUGCACACGGAGAAACUUGGUGGAGAGAUAAUCCCUCGAUCAAUUUUAAUGACAGCUUUUGAAGGAUUUACUUAUCUUCUUUGUGCUCUGGGAGAUGGAUCGAUGUUUUAUUUUGCCUUGAGCACUUCAACAGGGGCUCUCAGUGAGAAGAAAAAAGUGACUUUGGGAACACAACCAACAAUCCUGAAGACCUUCCGAUCACUCUCAACAACCAAUGUAUUUGCUUGUUCAGAUCGUCCAACGGUCAUUUAUUCCUCGAAUCACAAAUUGGUCUUCUCGAAUGUCAAUCUAAAAGAGGUCAAUCACAUGUGCAGUCUCAAUGCUGAAGCCUAUCCUGACAGUUUGGCUCUAGCCACGAAGAAUUCUGUCAUUCUGGGCACAAUUGAUGAGAUCCAAAAGUUGCACAUUCGAACAGUUCCACUGGGAGAGACUCCACGCAGAAUAGCCUAUCAGGAGGCCAGUCAGACUUUUGGGGUCAUCACACUAAGGAUGGACAUUCAGGAUAGUUCGGGACUCAUCCCAUCGCGUCCCAGUGCCUCAACACAGACCCAAAAUGUUACGUCUUCGAAUAAUGUGGGUUCACUGCUGAAGCCAGGAGCUGGAGCAUCUGGGAGCAAUGCUGAAUUUGGGCAGGAAGUGGAAAUUCACAAUCUCCUAGUUAUUGAUCAGAAUACCUUUGAAGUGCUACAUGCUCACCAAUUUACUCAAUCGGAGUAUGCCAUGUCGCUAAUGUCAGCCAAGCUGGGAAAUGAUCCCAACACCUACUAUGUUGUGGGGACGGCUAUUGUGAAUGCUGAGGAACCAGAACCCAAGAUUGGCAGAAUAAUAAUCUAUCACUAUUCGGAGGGUAAAAUGACGAUUGUGGCUGAGAAGGAGGUGAAGGGAGCAUGUUACUCCCUUGUGGAGUUCAAUGGUAAAGUAUUGGCGAGUAUAAAUGCCACAGUGAGGUUAUUUGAAUGGACAAGUGACAAGGAUUUGCGUUUGGAGUGUAGUCACUUCAAUAAUAUCAUAGCACUGUAUCUGAAGACGAAGGGUGACUUUAUUCUUGUUGGUGAUCUCAUGAGAUCACUCACACUGCUCCAGUAUAAGCAGAUGGAGGGUACUUUUGAUGAGAUUGCGAGGGAUUUUGAACCAAAUUGGAUGACAGCCAUUGAGAUUCUCGAUGAUGAUACAUUUUUGGGUGCUGAGAACAGUAAUAAUCUCUUUGUAUGUCAGAAAGAUAGUGCAGCAACGACGGAUGAGGAGCGUGAGCAAAUGCCUGAAGUUGCUAUGUUCCAUCUUGGGGAUAUGAUUAAUGUAUUUAGGCAUGGUUCGUUGGUGAUGCAAAAUGUCGGGGAGAAUACAACACAGACUUCUGGAUGUGUUUUAUAUGGGACAAUUAGUGGGGCUAUUGGUCUAGUUACGCAGAUUCCUAUCAAUUUCUAUGAGAUUCUCAAGAAUUUGGAGGAAAGAUUGACGCACACUAUCAAGUCUGUUGGUAAAAUCAGCCAUUCAACUUGGAGGAGCUUUCACACGGACACAAAAAUGGAGCCAUGUGAGGGAUUUAUCGAUGGAGAUCUUGUGGAGAGUUUUCUGGAUUUGAGUCGAGAUAAGAUGAGAGAAACCGUAUUUGGUCUCGAGAUCGAAGCUGAGGGUGUUAAGAAGGAAGCCACAGUUGAUGACAUUAUAAAGAUUGUUGAAGACUUAACGAGGAUUCACUAAAUAAGAAAGAAUACAAAAUGAAAUAAUCUUCAACACAGCGUGGAAAUUAUUUCUUUAAUUUAACAAAUGUGAGCAAAGUUUAAAUUGCUUUGGAUUAUUAAUUGAUACAAUAUAAUUAAUAGAGUGUGAAUUAUUCUGGAUGAAAAGGUGGACAAGGAGAGGUUCAGAUUGUAAUUGGCGAAAAUACAUACUGAACUGAGACAGAAA